UGGGAUCAAAGCGGGCCGCGUCGCGACCCGGUGACGUCGACGCGUCGCGUCCUCGCCCCGCCCCCCGCUGGUGUGUGUGCGGCGGGCGGCAGGAGCGGAAGUUCCGUUCCGUCGUGAACUGGGACAGCAGGCGUUACCUCUUACAGUGUAUGUGUGGCAACAACAUGUCUGUGCCGCUGCUCACCGAGGCCGUGACGGUGUCCGGAUUGGAGAAGGAGACCGCUGCGGUGAUCUUCCUUCAUGGAUUGGGAGACACAGGGCACGGGUGGGCCGACACUCUGACGGCGAUCCGGCUGCCUCACGUCAAGUUCAUCUGCCCCCACGCGCCCAAGAUCCCCGUCACUCUCAACAUGGGCAUGACGAUGCCGGCAUGGUUUGACCUCAAGGGCCUCAGCCCCGAUUCACAGGAGGACGAAGCUGGAAUCAAGAAGGCAGCAGAAAAUAUCAGGGCCAUAAUCGAACAUGAGGCCAAAAAUGGGAUCCCCCCGAACCGGAUAAUGCUCUGUGGCUUCUCUCAGGGUGGGGCCCUGUCCUUGUACACCGCCUUGACCUGCCAGCACGAGCUGGCUGGCGUUGUAGCCCUCAGUUGCUGGCUUCCACUUCACAGCAGUUUCUCAUCGGCGUCGAGCGGCAAGAAGAACCUCCCGAUCCUGCAGUGUCACGGUGAGACGGACCUCAUGAUCCCUGUGCUGUUUGGUGCCAUGACGGCGGAGAAGCUUAAAACCAUAGUUAACCCUCAGAUGACCACCUUUAAAACCUACCCAGGGCUCGCUCACUGCUCCUCUCCUCAGGAGAUGGCGGCUGUAAAGGAAUUUAUCGAGAAGCAUUUGCCCCGAAUCUGACCUCACCUCAUCCCCACCCGUGACCCCCUGAGACACUGACCUCUCAUCCUUGAUCUGCCAUUCUCCCACAGGAAACAGCCAUGAGCAAACCCCUCCUCCACCCCUCUUCCCUUCGCCACACACACAUACACACACACCCUAACCCAUAAGAUAACAUGCAUGAACACACACUCACACACAAACACACAUGUAAUCAUGAUAAUUCGAUCCACACUGCUAAAACAAAUCACGUGCAGUUCAAUCCGACAACAUGAUGAUAACAUAACAAAGUCAUUGAGGGAGAAACAUUGACUCACAUGAAACAUUCCCUUUGGUUUUAUUUAAACAAACCUCUGUAUGUCGCCUCCAUCUUAACUUCUCUACUUUUACUUCAUUCCGCUUCAUCAUAACCUCUAUUUUUUUUUCCCCCCCCACCACAUCCCCUAUUCCAAUGCCACGCCUUUCACUCAUGCAUUGCUGUGACAUUGAGCGGGAAAAAACGAAAACAAUUAGAUUGUGUCAGAUAAGUUUACAUCCAGAUGAAAAAAAGAGACUGGAUCUCUCUACCCGUUCAAUCAGGUGCAACUCUAUCGCAAUAUCUCGAGGCGAACAGUGCGUGAAAAACGGGUGGGAUUGAACCUCUCGUUCAGGAAAUAUUAUUCUGUGCAUUGUCAACGGACAGCAAAGUAAUACAGAGCGGAGAAGAAGGGCCGCUGGUUGGCUGCAGCAAGUGCAAGGACAACUUACAACGUGGUCGACUGCUGUAGAUGUAAGCUUCUGCAGUUUACGUUCACGACCCUACCCGUGCUAUUUCCUGUCCCCUCCUGAGUCAAUUUCACUUCACUAAAUUCGGCCCCGAGAGCCGCUUCGCGCCUGUGUUGGAGUCUCAGUGUGACUCAGGUGCAGCGAGUGGAUUUCACCACCAACCCAUCCAUCCAUCCCCCCACCUGCCACCCCCUUGACAGUGCACUCACUGCAGCCUGGUCCUGGUCCAGUUCUUGAAACUUUAAUCACUUAACAACGAACGCCCCCUUUUUAUUUUGAAGUAUACCAAACAUCUAAUGGGGGCCCUCUCAUGUUACUCUUUCUAAUGAGUGUGAUUUAAAUAUCAUGAAUUAUAUGAAGAAAAUCCAAUUUGAAAUAAAUGAAACUAAUAAAUUGAUUCAUUGAUGCCGUUUUUCUUUGCUUGAUUCUGUAUGUUAAAGUACCUUAGUUGAUUUGCUUUUUAAAGUGAAAUGGUCGCAGACCCACACACAGUCAAUUCACUGUUUCCUCCCACCGACGCCUCGUCUUUUAAACAUUUCCCCCCAUUUUCAAGUUUUCCAUUUCCAACUCAUUUACAGCCUCCACCUCAUUAGUCCCACUAAGUUGUUUUUCCGAAGAUUUUUAAACUCUGGAAAUAUAAAACCUGCUUCCUCCAAAUCUUCCUACAUCCCACCUGAGCAGAGUUUGAAUCUUAACACAGACCGUUUAUUCACUAGAAUAUUGUACGUUAAUGUUCCCUUACCCAUCUCCCUCUUUGGCAACUUACUGUAAACCACUAAUGGAACGUAAAGAGGUCAGAUUUAAAUUUCAACUAAGCACUAUUACUUCUUUUAAAACUAUGGCUAUACACUGGGAGGGCUUUGGCAAGAAGCUGUUCCAACAUGACUGAAGGGUGAUUUUACAAAUUUAGAGUUGAUCUUGAAUGGCUUGUGAUCCUUGGACAUAUAGGAGUGUCACUCUGAGGAGUCAUGUGUGCUUCAAAGUAAAUAUAUCAGGUGUUCUGCAUUUUUCCUUUGUGAAUGUUGAUUUUGCUCUCCUCGUGAUUGAUUACCUGUUCUAUAUUGCUGUUAUCAAACCUGAUUUUUAAAAACAAAAAAAAGCAAGUGGGAAGGAAUGAAAGACAUCUCUUCUGAUUGUCAACAAAUCAAUGAAUGUCCUUUUAUGUCCUCGGGGUCCUUUUAUAUUUUCCUGUCACUCUAAACCCCUGAUGCAGCCCUGUGUUCUGUACAUUUCUCAAAAAAAAAAAUUUCUCCUCAUGACACUGGCUUUUUAUUUUUCUCACUCAUUCCAUUUGGUUGUGACGAUGUCACACUGUCUCGUGCGUUUCCUCCUGGGUUGUAUGUUGUAAUUGAUUAAAAUUAACUUGGUUUUUU